CAGAGUUCCAUAAUUGUACCCCGAACAAGCAGGAUUACGGAUAAGGAACUGGGUGAAUAGAUUCAAUCCUUCAUCAUCAAAAUGGACAGUAAACAACCUCCUCCACCCCCAGCAUACAGUCAGCCGGGUGGUGUGGGGUAUAGUCAGGCACCCCCGCCACCACCAGGCUACCCGGGGAGCACUGUCGUGGUAACACAGCCCGUUCACAUGAACCCUUACAUGUUCCGGGAAUUCGGGGUCCAAAUGCAGUGUCCCCACUGUAGCGCCACCAUCACCACCUCCACCAGAUACGAGGUGGGAACCCUCACCUGGAUUGCCUGUUGUGUUGUCGCUGCGGUUGGAUGUUGGUUUGGUUGUUGUCUGAUCCCGUUCUGUGUGGACGGAUGUAAGGACGUCAUCCAUUCUUGUCCAAGCUGCAACCAGGACGUGGGCCGAUACAACAGGAUGUAAACAAGAACUGCUGUCUGCUAAGUUUCUCUUUGACAACAGGACACAAAAACAUAAAACGAAAGGCCUUGUUUUGUAAAUCUUCAGGAUUGUUCUCUGUUAACCUUUCUUGGAAAACAAAUCAAACAAAUCGAAGACUUAGAUAUUCUUGUGUUGAAUCUUUUCAAUACUUUAUACUACAGUAUAUUGUACUAUAGUAUAUGUUUUUUCUGUAAUGUUGGGAACUGUUUUUAAUACUUAUCAUUAUAGAAAUAUACUCUGUUUUCCAAAGUAAAAUGAUGCGAUGUUAUAUACAUGUAGUUGAUCAGCAUCAGUUUCCAUGGCAACACUUGUAAUCAUAAGUACCGGUACAACAAAACAUUUGGUGGUAGAGUUCUUGGACAAAAUCGUUACUUUCAUCUUAUGGCUGCAGGUCAGCAUUUUAGUCCAUAGGGCUGACAAAUCGUAUGAUGCCCUUAAACUCUGUCAUCAGAUGAUAUUGUUAUUUUCUGUCGUGUAUUGUUAUGUUAGUCCGGUUUUUACUCUCUUUUUAGUGAGGAUUUGUACCAGUAUAUGUAUGGACUGAUUUUUCAAAAUUUUAUUUUCUGUCAAAGAUAUUUUUAACGGAGAGAAUCUGAUACCACAAAUCAAUGAGGAUUUGAUUAGUUUACCCUGAUAUGUAUAAUAUUUUUGUUUAUUUUUAAUGUCCCCAAUGACUUUGAUAUUGCAAAAUGUAACUGUGAUAUGUAAUAAAGAUAUUGUUUCUUGUCCUCUCA